AUGACUCUGCCCCACAGCCCCGGCAGCAUGGGGGAGUCCCAGCCCCCCCAGGCUGUGCAGGUCCGCAGAGUGGAGCAUCGGCAGGAGGAGGAGCAGAAGGAGGAGAGAGAGCACAGCCUGCGCAUGGGCUCCUCUGUGCGGAGGAGGACCUUCCGCAGCAGCGAGGAAGAGCAGCAGUUCAGUGCUGCCGACCACGCCCUGGCCGCAGCCCUGGUCCUGACGGCCACCUCAGAGAUGUCAUGGGAAGCCCAGCUGAGGAGCCAGACCUCUGCCGUGGAGCUGGAGGAGCGUGGGCAGAAGCGGGUGGGCUUCGGCAAUGACUUGGAGAGGAUGGACCUGGCUUUCCUGCGGACCCAGAGGCUGCUGCGUCAGAGGCGGGACUGGAAGGCACUGAGGCAGCGGACAGAGGAGAAGGUCCGAGCCAGCAAGGAACUGAUUGAGCUGUGCUCUGGCCGCGGACCAUGGUUCUGGAUCCCGCUCCGCUCACACGCUGUCUGGGAGCACACGACGGUCCUGCUGACCUGCACAGUCCAGGGCUCCUGUCCACUCCAGGUCUCCUGGUACAAGAACGACGUGCGGAUUGAUCCUCGCCUCUUCCCAGCUGGCAAGUACCGUGUCACCAACAACUAUGGGCUGCUGACCCUGGAAAUCAGGAGAUGCACCGUUGAGGACUCGGCUACCUAUACCGUGGUGGUGAAAAAUACGUACGGCCAGGCCUCCUCCUUUGCCAAAGUGCUCGUCCGCACUUACGUGGGAAAGGAUGCUGGCUUCGACUCAGAGAUCUUUAAACGAUCCAUGUUUGGCCCCAGCGUGGAGUUCACUUCAGUGCUGAAGCCAGUCUUUGCCCUAGAGAAGGAGCCCUUCUCUCUGACCUGCUCUUUCUCAGAGGACGUGUUAGACGCCGAGCAGAGCAUCCAGUGGUUCCGAGACGGCAGGCAACUGAGGUCCUCAGCACGCCGGCAGAUCCUCUACGCAGACCGGCAGGCAUCCGUGAAGGUAUCCUGUGCCUACAAGGAGGACGAGGGGCUCUACACGGUCCGAGUCGCUUCACCGUUCGGAGCCCAGGAGCAGAGUGCCUACGUGUUUGUGAGAGAUGCUGCAGCUGAGAAGCCGGGUGCCCCAGGCUCCCCACUCAAUGUCCAGUGCCUGGAUGUGAACAGAGACUGCCUGGUUCUGACCUGGGCCCCACCCAGCGACACCCGGGGCAGUCCCAUCACCAGCUACUCCAUUGAGCUGUGCCAGGGUGACUCUGGGGAGUGGGUGCGCUGCUAUGAGGCACCUGGGGGCAUCUGUCGGUGCCCAAUCCAAGGCCUCACUGAAGGCCAGAGCUAUCGGUUCCGUGUGAGAGCCAUCAGCAGAGCAGGCAGCAGCCUCCCAUCCAAGGCUUCAGAAGCACUUGUCGUGGGUGACCAUGAGGCGGCCCGGAGGAAGACGGAGAUUCCCUUUGACCUGGGCAAGAAGAUCACCAUCAGCACUGACGACUUUGAAGAUGUCGUGACCAUCCCAUCACCCCCUACCAACGUCCAUGCCAGCGAGAUCAGAGAGACUUAUGUGGUCCUGAGCUGGGAGGAGCCGAGACCCCGGGGUAGAUCCCCACUGACAUACUCCCUGGAGAAGUCUGUCAUAGGUAGUGGUGCCUGGGAGGCCAUCAUCACAGAAAACCCCGUGAAGUCCCCAAGAUUUGCCCUUCUGGACUUGGAGAAAGGGAAGUCCUAUGUCUUCAGAGUGCGAGCCUUGAACCAGUAUGGCAUGAGCGAUCCCUCAGAGCCCAGCGAACCCAUCGCCCUGAAGGGCAAGCAAGCUACUCUCCCUCCUCCAGCUCGAGUUCAAGCUCUUCGUGACACCAAAACCUCAGUAAACCUGGCCUGGGAGCCCGUGGACGGUGGCACGGAGCUCCUGGGUUAUUACAUCUACUCCCGGGAGGUGGGGACAUCCGAGUGGCAGACGGUGAACAACAAACCCAUCCAGGACACCAAGUUCACGGUUCCUGGGCUGAGGACGGGACAGGAGUAUGAGUUUUGCAUCAGAUCAGUCAGCGAGGCUGGGGUAGGCGAGAGCUCAGCCACCACCGAGCCUAUCAGGGUCAAGCAGGCUCUGGCUACGCCCUCAGCCCCGUAUGACUUUGUACUGCUGCAUUGUGGGAAGAAUGAAAUGGUCAUUGGGUGGAGACCCCCCAAACGUCGUGGAGGUGGCAAGAUCCUGGGCUACUUCUUGGACCAGCAUGAUUCAGAGGAGCCAGACUGGAACCCAGUCAACCAGCAGCCCACCCCAAGCCGGGUCUGCAAGGUCAAAAACCUCCGUGAAGGCCACUUCUAUGAGUUCCGAGCCCGGGCAGUAAACUGGGCAGGUAUUGGCCAACUGUCUGCACCCAGCAGCCUGUUUGAAUGCAGAGAGUGGACAAUGCCCCAGCCAGGCCCCCCAUAUGACGUGCGGGUGUCUGAAGUGCGGGCCACCUCGUUAAUGCUGCAGUGGGAGCCCCCACUGUAUACGGGGGCCGGGCCAGUCACGGGCUACCGCAUCAGCUUCCAGGAGGAAGGCUCGGAGGAAUGGAAACCAGUCACACCAGAGGCCAUCUCCAGCACACACCUCAGGGUGUCUGACUUGCAGCGGGGAAAGAGGUACACGUUCAAGGUUCAGGCUGUGAACUCAGCUGGGCUGGGACAGCCGUCAAUGCCCACUGAUCCCGUGCUCCUGGAGGACAAGCCAGAUGCCCAGGAGAUCGAGGUUGGUGUGGACAAAGAGGGACGUAUCUACUUGGCUUUCGAGGCCCCUGAAGCCCCCGACUCCUCAGAGUUUCAGUGGUCCAAGGACUACGAGGGCCCGCCAGACCCCCGGAGGGUGGAUGUGGAGAAUGAAGUUAACAAGUCCAAGGUCAUCCUGAAAGAACCUGACCUUCAGGACUUGGGUACCUACUCGGUGGUGGUCACCGACGCUGAUGAGGACACCUCGGCCAGCCACACACUGACUGAGGAAGAGCUGGACAAACUGAAGAAGUUGAGCCAUGAGAUCAGAAACCCAGUGAUCAAGCUGAUCUCGGGUUGGAACGUUGACAUCCUGGAGCAAGGGGAGGUGCGGCUGUGGCUGGAAGUGGAGAAGCUGUCGCCCGCCGCAGAGCUUCACCUCAUCUUCAACGACAAGGAGAUCUUCAGCUCGCCGAACCGCAAGAUCAAUUUCGACCGCGAGAAGGGCCUGGUGGAAGUGAUCAUCCAAGAACUGUCUGAAGAUGACAAAGGGUCGUACACUGCCCAGCUCCAAGACGGAAAAGCCAAAAACCAGAUCACCCUCGCCCUGGUGGACGAUGAUUUUGAUAAGCUUCUGAGGAAGGCCGAUGCUCAGAGAAGAGACUGGAAGCGAAAGCAGGGGCCCUAUUUCCAGGAACUCUUGCAGUGGAAGAUCACAGAGGACUGCCAAGUGCUGCUGACAUGCAAGGUGACCAACACCAAGAAGGAGACCCGCUUCCAGUGGUUCUUCCAGAAGAAAGAGGCGCCCCACGGGCAGUACAACCCACAGACUGGAGAGGGGCUACUCUGCAUUGAGGAGCUAUCCAAAGAGGACCAGGGAACUUACAGAGCGGUCGUUUCUGAUGAUCGAGGGCAGGAUGACACUGUGCUGGACCUCACAGGUGAAGCUCUCGACGCUGUCUUCACUGAGUUGGGCCGGAUCAGUGCUUUCUCUGCAACCCCACUGAAAAUCCAGGGGACCGAGGAAGGGAUCCGGCUCUUCAGCAAGGUCAAGUUCUACAACGUGGACUACAUGAAAACCGCCUGGUUCCACAAAGACAAGCGCCUGGAGAGUGGUGAGCGGGUCAGGGCCGGAACCACCCUGAAAGAGAUCUGGCUCCACAUCCUGGACCCCAAGGACUCGGACAAGGGCAAAUACACCUUGGAAAUUGCUGCUGGGAAGGAACUCCGGCAGCUCUCAGUGGAUCUCUCCGGGCAAGCUUUCGACGAUGCCCUGGCUGAGCACCAGAGACUGAAGGCCUUGGCCAUCAUUGAGAAGAAUCGGGCCAAGGUGGUCAGGGGCCUACCAGAUGUGGCCACCAUCAUGGAAGAUAAGACCCUGUGCUUGACCUGUGUCAUCUCAGGAGACCCCUCCCCUGAAAUCGCUUGGCUAAAGAAUGAUCAACCCGUUACCUUCCAUGACCGCUACCACAUGGAGGUGAAGGGGACAGAAGUCACCAUCACCAUUGAGAAGGUCACCAGUGAAGAUAGUGGACGCUACGGUGUCUUUGUCAAGAACAAGUACGGCUCAGAGACGGGCCAGGUCACUAUCAGCGUGUUCAAACACGGCGAAGAGCCCAAGGACCUGAAGAUGUGACCCCCUGAGCUCCAACCUGCAUGGACCAGUGGGCCAGCCAUUGGGUCACAGCCUGGCACACACUGUGGGGAUGGGGCAAGGGAAGGGGACAGGGUGGAACUCAGAGCAUGAGGGGAGCUGGGUGGACACACCAAAGAGGACAAGCAAAGACCCCACUGGGGUCCUCAGAGACCCCCAGGGUUGUGGGUGAGCACUAACUUGGAAAUUGGAAACUCAGACACAAGACUCAUUUCAACAAGUCCUUCAUAAAUUCUGCCUUCCUCACCCAUGAGAUGACUUUCCUGGCCACUCCUAGGGAGGGCUUGAGAAAAGCCCUUAUAGACCCCCGGCAUGGUUCUCACCAGGAGGCAGAUUUGCUCUGCAAGGGCACAUUUGGCAAUGUUGAACAGUUUGGGUGCCACAUUGGGGGUUGUCUACUGGCAUCUAGAAGGUUAUUGUUACAUAUGAGCCCCAUCAGCACAUUCUCCUCUUUUAGAUUAAGAUUAUUUCAGUUCCCAUGAGGCCAACCAACAUUCACUGGAAGUGUAGCAUGCCUCAGGUGGCACUGGAAACUUAAAGAUAAACUGUGUGCGGAGCCUGCCCAGGAGGAGUCCUCAGCCACAGAGGAAAACAGACCUGGGAGCAAAUGACUCCAGGGCAAGGCAGGAGAUGAUGAAGGUCCAAGGAAAGUGUCACCAAUGGUCAGAGGAAGGAGACAGAUGACUCUUCCAAAUGAGAGAUGUAGGGCUUUAAGACACUUUCCUACAGUGGGCAGAACUGGCGUUGAGCCCAGAAAACGGAGGCCACUUUGCCUGUGGAGGUGGGAGAAGGCUACUUUGGGAACAGGCACAGGCACGAGGGGGGCGGGCAAUGGUUUGAGGUUUGAGGAUUGAGCAGAGGUUGCCUAUGGGAGCCAGACAUGGAGCUGACAACCUUCGGAGCCUCUUCUAGUAUGGGGCCUAGGUCAGGUGUGACGGAUGUUGGUUGACCUGCUUGCUGGUUUUUAGCACAAGGCUGAGUAUGGCCCUGCUCUCCAGUUUCUUUCUUUUAAAACAUAAGGUAGGGCCGGGU